AUGUCACUGGGCCUACGUGCUUCAACUCCUGGGCUCAUUUAUGAUGUGGAAUACUCUGUUAAUCUCUGUUGCGGUUCUCGGUGUAACAAUUCGAAUGUUGAAGGUCUUGCAUCUACGCUUCAAGCUACCACCGGGGCCUCCAGGUAUUCCCAUCCUUGGGAAUCUCCUCCAACUUCCGACAACUCGACCAUGGCUGACCUUCGACAAGUGGAGGGAGCAAUACGGCAAAAUAUGAUUGUCCUAGGAACCCAUAAAGCAGCGGCGGACCUUCUUGAUAGACGAGCCAAUAUUUAUUCAGAUCGACCCGACCUCAUUGUUCUCAAUCUGCUCACUGGUGGCAUGCAUUGGGGCUUUGCUCGAUUAGACGACCUGUGGAAAAGACAACGCCGAGGAGCCCACGAGGCUUUGAGUGCUCAGACUGUCAAAGAGUACUUUGCAUAUCAAGAGACCGAGUCUGUCAUUAUGCUACACCAAAUGUUAACCGAUCCAGAGAAUUUCGCUGAUCAUUUUUCGCGCGCAUCCACAUCUCUCGCGCUCUCCAUAAUUUAUGGAUGGCCACCGUUGUUAGACUCCAGUCACCCACUGAUUCCUCUCGUUGACCAAUUCAACCGAGAACUUCUUGUGGCAGCUGCUCCCGGGUCGUUCUGGGUCGAAUUCAAAUACUUUAAAUGGAUGCAACAUCUUCCGAGAUGGAUGUGUGCGUGGAGGCGAAAUGCGGAAGCUUCUUUUAUCCGAGAUUCGGCCAUGUUCGAGAAGUUGUCUUAUGAUGUGCAAAAGCAGAUAAAUGCGGGUGACGAGGCAACGAGUGUAGCUGGAAAACUGCUACAAGACACUGGAGUAAAGGGUUUUUUUGAGGCAGCUUGGAACCUUGCCUCAAUUUACUCAGCUGGAGCAGAAACGACUGCUGGUCAACUUGCUUGGUUCAUGCAAGCGAUGAUCCUAUAUUCGGAAGCCCAGCGGCUAGCACAAGAAGAAAUUGACCGUGUUGUUGGACCGUACCGACUUCCUACUUUCGAUGACUACGAGCACCUACCAUAUAUAAGAGCUACCGUUAAAGAAAUCUUGCGGUGGAGAGGGGUAUCCCCGAUAGGACUACCUCAUCGACUUAUUCAAGACGACUAUUACGAAGGAUAUCUGCUUCCCAAGGAUACGAUCUGCUUCGUAAACAACUGGUCGCUUCACCACGAUAAGGCAAUCUACGGCGACGAUGCUGAACAUUUCAAUCCUGGGAGAUUCCUAGAUGAAAACGGAAAUUUAGAGUCUUCAAUCGUAGAUACCAGGGAUGAGGGUCAUGCAAGCUAUGGCUUCGGAAAAAGAAUCUGCAUUGGUCGGCAUGUAGCGAACAAUAGCUUGUUCAUUCAUAUUGCAUUUUUGCUUUGGGCAUUCAAUAUCACUGCGGAAGUAGAUGUAGGAGGCCAUUCCGACCUUCCGGAUUCUCUCCAAUGCAAAGAAGGUCUCAUCGUUCGACCGAGUACAUUCCGCUGCAAUAUCACUGUGCGUCAAGCGGACGUUGCGGAGAUAGUCGCGCAAGCGAAAGCUGAUAAGGGAAUCUGA